CACGCAAUCCCGUGACGUCAGAUGAGUUGUCAUUGGAUUUCCUAUAAAUAAUCUUUUUUUAUUGCAUAUGUAUUGUGCGUUUGUCAAAGCGUACGCAAGACAAUUUAACAUUGUCUUACGUGGAAAUGUCAUUUCUUAGAAAUACCUGAGCACGUUAACACUAUGGCGAGUUCUAUCGAAGAAAUAAAAGAGCCAUUGUCCAUGGACAACAAAGGAUAUAUGGCUCCAAGGAUGUCAAUAUCUUACGAGGAGAUGGCCACAAAGCUUCUCAAUGAGAAGCUUCUCUUAACGGCUUUGGAGUUGCAUGCUGAAUUAUGCGAAGCUGGCAAGGAAUUGCCCAUCCUUAGAGAGUUCUUUUCAAAUCCAAAUAAUUUCGAAAACUCCAAUAUCAAACCAGAACCAUAUACACCGAUGCCCAGAUCUUCUAGUCAGGCAACUUUGGAUUCUUUGGACAUGACAAGAUAUUCAGAAGAUGGAGCUGGUGUUGAUGAAAGAGUUGCUAUUCUGGAAUUUGAAUUGCGCAAGGCUAGAGAAAAUAUUUCUUCAUUGCGUGCUAAUCUAACUGUAGUAACAGAGUUGGAAGGUACAUUGAAGACACCAGACAAGAGCUCGGAAAAGAAUCUCACUAUUGAACUGCCCAUAAAACCACAUGAGCAGCGAGCACUGAACUUUCUCAUCAAUGAAUACUUGCUGGCAAGAUCUUAUAAGCUCACUUCAAUUACUUUUAGUGAUGAAUGCGAGGAUCAAGAUUUUGAGGAUUGGCAAGAUGUUGGAUUAGAUAUACCAAAACCCACGAAAUUAUUACAGAUAUAUCGGGAUCAUAUGAGAGCCAAUGGAUAUGACAAAUCUCCGUCUGUCAGUGUUGCCGUACAAACGGACUUUGUUGUUGAAGAGGUGGAGGAGCAGAAAGAUGAAUCUCAGGAAAUGGCAGAACAGAUUGAAAGCUUACAGCAGCAAAUUAUAGUGUUGGAACAAGAAAAAACUGCUCUUCAAGAAAUUAUUUCAUCAAGCAAGGAGAAUGUUAUAGAAAAUCCAGUCAAAUCAGGUAGUUAUGGAACUAUCCGUACCAUCAAUUCCAGCUCGACAACUCCUGACAAGUUUGAACUGCUUGAGUCAUUACCAAGGGAUAUGUCAAUCACCACUCAGGAACCAGAAGAAGAUGAUAGCGCUUCUGCAGUAGUUAGUCUAGAUGAAACAGAUCCAGGAGACAAAGAAUGGACUAGACUGCAAUUACCUAAAGUAAAUAUCACAGAGAAAUCCUCUGUCUUACCAACCGCAUCCUCAAGAGAUUUGCCAAUAAAGUUCAAAUUAGAAAUAGCGACACAUUGCUUGGCGAAUGUUUCGGGAUCAAUAAUAUCUUCCAUGGAGGAAUCAUUAAAGCGCGGAGUCACGAGAGAUACAUUAGUCGAGAUCCUGACGUACAUUUUGCCACGUGUAGUACCCAACAUCAUCCUUAACAAGCGCGAAGAAAUCAUUCCUUUAAUCCUCAGUGCAAUUCAUUUACAUUCCAAUUCCAACGAGAGAGAGAAGUUGCUGCAGCUAUUGUUUAAUUUGAAGAAGAGGCCACAAGAGGACGAGCGGCAAAUGAUAUUGGCUGGCUUAACCAUAAUGGCAAAACUUGCGGAAGAGCCACUGGAAGGCGAAGAAAUUUUAACAAUCUGUUGGGAGCAAAGUCAACACAAGUAUCCUGAGAGAAGAUUAUUAGCCGUUGAAUGUUGCUCUGUGCUGGCAUCCUACACAUCGGCUUCCAUCAGGAACUCGCUGAUGCUGUCAAUGUUGCAACAGAUGUUACUGGAAGAUAAGGAUCCUGUUGUUCGAACUAGUGUUGUGAAAACCCUUGCACUACUUAUAGCUUUAAUGGAUGAUCCUGACAAAUAUUUCCAAUGUGAGGAAUUGGCCUUAACGGCGCUUCACGACACCUCGUCGAUGGUCGUUGAAACGGCAUCAUCAGUAUUGUUACCGGUUCUGGCACAAUGGGCAUUAUCUUUGAAGAGGCUGCAUGUAAAUUUGCUGCCGCGUAUAAUCUCGAAAGUGAAGAAUCAGUUGAAGCCAACACAUUCGCAGACUUCGCCGAAUAAGGACUACGUCGACGAGGACAAGUUGGUGCCGUCGAUCGGUAUCCUACAAUGUCUCUUGCCAUAUACAGUCCUGUGCGUCGCUGAUACCAACGCAGUGCGAGUCUGCGUCGAAGAUGGAACGUCGCCGGACUUGUCCGAGGAAUUUCUGGUCUUGUGUCAUUCCAACAUCAUCGAUCCGAGAAUAUUCUACGAGGGUCCCAUAGACGUCGGUGUUCUUCUCAAUACCUUCUUCUCCAAAUCCUGGGAGGAUGCAUCCUGGCCAGAGUUGGAAUGGUUUACGAAAAAACUAGUAUUUGAUGUCUUGGAAAUGGUGAAAUCUGUGGACGCAGCACAUGAGAACGUUUUGAAGACACUUCUUAUGUACAUUCACUCAUUAUGCGUGGGCUUUGGGAAAUAUGUCACACAAUCCAGGAUACAAACAGUGUUUUUCCCAGAGGUGACAGAACUCGAGAAGUUAUUGACAACACUAUCGACAGAUAAGAAGAAUAUGAAUCUCACAUUGAUCCCUAGUUACUUGGUGAUCCUGAGCACUUUCGAUCCUACAGAAUUUGCAAAUUACUUCAAACAGUUUCUUGUGGUCUUAUCUAUGAGCGGCACAAGCAUAUCUUGGCUGCAAAUCGCCGCGAGCAUACUAUAUACUCGAGAACAAAUACAAGAAUAUGUGCUUGCUAGUUUAUGGGAUGGUGUGGUGCAUCAGAGAUCAACUGUAAGAUGUGCAACGGCAAUAUUAUUCGGUUCCGCUAUCGCACACGUCUCGGAUCGGCUGGCAAACGCCAAGAUCGUGCCAGCCAUCGUAACGCUCGCCAGCGAUCCUGAAGUUGACGUACGAUGCGCCGCAAUCUCCUCAUUGGGCCGUAUAAUAACAGAGUGCAAGGUGAGGGAAGCACGCGAUAAAGCUCGACUAACAUUGGAAACAAUCGCAAAAGAUCCUCAAGAACUCUCACAAACUCUGGCGACUUCAUUAGUGUCCACAUUCGCUUUUAUCGCCCCCACUUGUCCACAAAAUUAUAUAGAGGACAUAAUAGCGACGCAAUUAUCGACGAUUGCUUCAUUCGCGCUUCAACACAGCCGCAAGAUCGAAUUAGUAAACGCACUGGUAGAAGCGUACUCAGUGCUGGUCUAUUGUCCCUUAAGUAGUCAAUGCGUUUCCGGAAUAGUGCUGCCUGGACUGAGGCAUCUCGAGACGCUGGUGAAUCAAUGCCUGCCUCAGCAAAAGGAUGCGGUACGUUCGUUGCUUAGGGAAGCGGAAUCCAAACAGGACUUGUCAAAACCAAUAGAGAGGACACUCUCGACAAGUUCCGGACUCUCCCUAUCCAUGGCGACAAUGAACAUGGGUCAGGGCGUCGAGGAUAUGCGACAAAGGAUGAGCAAAAUCUUUCAACAGAAAACCGUAUCGCCUAGCAUGCCGAAUAUUUUCCGCAAGAAAUAAACUCCCCAUAGCACGUACAAUUGUGAGAAAAUCGGAUAUUAAAUUUAUCCGCGAAUGUUUCGCCAAACGUUUACUAACUCGCAACUCGCAAGAGAAAUCAUAAGGUUGUUGUUAGAGGUAAAUGUAUAAUAUUGUUUUAAUAAAUGUUAACUUAUUUUUUUAUCACACUAGCUGUAAGUUAAACAUGUAAAAUAUUUUGUUUAAAUAUCAACGAUAUAGACAUGGGAGAUUCUAAAGAGUAAAGGGAGUAUGUGACUUUUUUCACGUUUUCUAUAAAACUCAAUCCAAUCUGUGCACGUACGCGACCAUUCCAGCACACUUUCCCGCUCAUCUUUCCGACAAUCCCCGUAAUAGUUCGCAUUGAAAUAGGAGAUUCAAGACGCAGUGAUUAACAGUAAUUAAUGUUUAAUUUCGAAAUCUGUUACUUUACAUAGUAAUAAACAAACGUCAUAGAUCAUAUCGUAUAUCAUAUCAUAUAUAUCGCAUAUCAUAUAUAUAUAAUACACAAGUGUUUUCCUCGUAGAAGUAGUUUACAAAAUCAGACUUUCUAGGAAUACACAUCCUGUUGCGUCCUGCUCUCUUGCUCGGUUCUCUGUUUUCUUCAUUUUUCUUUUUAUAUAAUCACAGCUUAUCCUGAUGCGUUAACGAAACGUUGCUAUUGUGUGUGUUCUUUAUUUUCGGUUACUUAAUCAACACAAUAUCGCCAGAGAGAAUCCGCCGCGACGUACUCUCGAUCGCAACGGACAAUUUCGCGAGAUCGGAGUCCGCGUCGCGUUUUAUUUCACAUUAUUCUCACGCGGUGCAAUCUUUGAAAAACCCUCAUUAUUUUAUGCGACACCGAUUAUCAAAAAUUUUCGAACGUUACCUAAAAUCCGAUCUCGGGCAACGACCUGAGGGGAGGGAAAGGGGAUCUAAAAGCUCAGUCUACUAUAGAACCAAAAUUGAUCGGCGUGGAUCUAUAAAAAUCACAUAAAUAGCACUCGAUUAGCCGUAAUACGCUUAUUAAAUUAACGAGCAAAGUACUUUCGCAAUAUCUUACUAAUUCUCCUUCCUUUUUUUUUU